AUGUCUACUGGAGAUGUAGUUGAAUCGGACAAGCUAUCUCUAGAGAAAAUUAAGGAAAACCUCCAGACCCAACUAUCCGAGCUGGAAAGCUUACAGUCCGUGUUCUACAAUCCCGGCGAGAUACGCGUGGAAGAUAUGUGCACUUUAUCGGACAUUAAGAACUUCGUUAACGGCCGCUCCACAUAUUUGCCCCAAUACCUCGACCUGACCGUAAAUCUGCUGGUGGAGAAGUUAAAAUUCGAGCUGUGCGUCACCCUGUCCCACGAGUACCCGUACGCGGAGCCCGAGAUAUUUGUCAGGAAUCACACGCUGAACAGGCCCAGGCAUGUGCAGCUAAACAGGGACUUGUGCGAUUACGUCUCCGGAUUGGAAAGGGGCGAGCCGUGUAUAUUCAGUGCCGUAUCGUGGCUGCAGGAUAACGCCCAGGGCUACGUCGAAAUAAAGGAGAAACCCGCUCUGGAGGAAAGCGUGAAGGACGAGAGAUGUAUAAGAUAUUGGAUUUAUUCGCACCACAUUUACAGUAAGACUAAGAGACGGGAGAUAGUGGAUCUGGCGAAUCUAUUGCAUAUUAGCGGUUUCUGCAUGCCAGGCAAGCCAGGAAUUAUUUGUGUUGAAGGAACUACUUCCGACUGUAAUGAAUGGUGGCAAUCAAUUAAGUCGAUGAAUUGGAAGAAGAUCUUUUGUAAAGUUACCGAGGAAGACAAGGAGGGGGAGGAGGGGUCUUUUCUGAAAUUCGACAAAUUCGAGGAGGUUGUUUUCCAGAACAGCGGCGUCAAGUGCAAUCACAUGGACAUGGGGGAGUUGUACAAGUAUUUGGACGAUCACAAAUUGGGGUACAUUUUUAAGGAAAUUUUUGGUGUCGAAGCCAAAUCUAACACUUGA